UUGAUACAUAUGUGUCGAUAGUGAAUCAGAUGAAGUGGCAGAUACUAGUUUGCUUGUGCACUAUAUUAAUUAGGGCUUCUGGAAAGAGUAUAAAAAUAAUUGGCGGACAAAAUGCAGAUAUAGCAGAAUUUCCAUUUAUGGUUGCGUUCAGAUAUGCGAGUAAUAAUAAAAUCUUUUGUGGUGGUACUAUCGUUAGUAGAUGGAAUAUUCUUACAGCAGCACAUUGUCUUUUCGACGAGCGACUACCCUACGAUCAUAUUAACAUAUACACAGGAAUAACUUGUACAAUAAGCACUUCCGGACUGAUACAUGAAGUUAAUCGAGUCGACUUUCAUCCCUUAUUUACCAAUAAAAAAAAUAAGCAGGAGAUGUAUAUUUACGAUAUUGCUGUUGUUACGAUUAAAGAACGCUUUGAAUUCAACAGAUAUCAAAAUAAAGCAAUGCUGCCAGAAAAUAAUCUUGAGUACGAUGCUGGUAUAAUUGUUGGUUGGGGUAUGACUAACUAUCCAUUGGGUUGUAUUUCAAAUCAAUUACAGCAAGCUACGAUGCAAAUUUCUCACAAUGAUUAUUGUUCGCAAUGGUUUCCUUUUAAACUUCAUCCCGAACAAUUUUGUGCCUAUCAAGGGGUAGGAAUUGGCGCCUGUAAGGGUGAUAGCGGUGGUCCACUGAUCGUUCAAAAUAAAAUAAUUGGUAUUAUUUCAUUUACUCGUCCAUGUGCAACAGGAUUCCCAGAUGUCUUAACAAGAGUUUAUUCUGUCUUAGAUUUUAUAAAAUUGGUUUUAAUAACAACAUAGCAUGCAUAAUAGAAUCAUUAAAACAAUCAUUAAACUCUCAAAUAUGAAAAUAUUAAUUUAAUACAAAAUA